CAUGGCUACUGCGAUAGAUUGUGUUGCGCGGUAUUGCGUGAUCCAAUUAAUGGUUUUUUGUUUAAUAUGGCUAAAGGUGAUAAAGAGUUAGAAAAACCAAUCGUGAACAAUGAGUUACCGAAUCCUGAAUGUCGUAGUACAGACAAUGAAGACUCGGAGUCUACACAGGAUCAACCUUUGGAUAUCGGAGAGCAUUAUUUAGUGCGGCGUUCCGAUGAGUCAUGGCACCCGGCUGAGAUUAUACAGACGCGGUAUAAUGCUUCGGAAUCUUGUUAUGAAUAUUAUGUUCAUUAUGUGGGAUACGAUCGUCGACUCGAUGAGUGGGUAUCCCGGCAUCGGGUUAUGUCUGAUAGAUUUGACGUUUGUGAAAAUUCUAAUAACAACAUAAACUCCGAUCAUUUACUUACCGACAAGUCCGGUCGAAAAAUAACACGCAAUCAGAAACGUAAACAUGAUGAGAUUAAUCAUGUACAAAAGUCCUACGCGGAAAUGGAUCCAACGACAGCGGCAUUGGAAAAGGAACACGAAGCGAUCACUAAAGUCAAAUACAUCGAUAGGAUACAGAUCGGUAAAUACGAAAUAGACACUUGGUACUUCAGUCCUUACCCCGACGAGUAUGGUAAACAGUCUAAAUUAUGGAUUUGUGAGUAUUGUCUUAAAUAUAUGCGAAUGGAAAAAACAUACAGAUAUCACUUGAGCGAAUGUACCGCAAGGCAACCGCAAGGGGGCGAAAUAUAUCGAAAGGGAACAAUCGCUAUUUUCGAGGCUGACGGCAAAGUACAUAAAACCUACUGUCAGAAUCUAUGUUUAUUGGCGAAAUUAUUCCUUGACCAUAAAACCCUUUAUUUCGAUAUAGAACAGUUCCUCUUCUAUAUUCUAUGUGAAGUUGACAAACAUGGAGCACAUCUUGUGGGCUAUUUUUCUAAAGAAAAAGAUUCACCUGAGGGUAACAAUGUUGCAUGUAUUUUGACACUUCCUCCAUACCAGAGGCAAGGGUAUGGAAAGCUGCUGAUUGCAUUUAGUUAUGAACUUUCAAGGUUGGAGCAAGUGGUUGGUAGUCCAGAAAAACCUCUGUCGGAUUUGGGUAAGCUCAGUUACAGAUCAUACUGGUCUUAUGUACUUCUAGAAGUCCUUAGUGCAAGUCGUGGCACGUUAAGCAUCAAAGAUCUAAGCCAGAUGACCGGCAUAUCUCAGACGGAUAUUAUAUCCACCUUACAAUCAAUGAAUAUGGUGAAAUAUUGGAAGGGACAGCAUGUUAUUUGUGUAACGCCCAAGAUUGUUGCUGAACAAUUAGCUAGUUCACAUUUUAAGAAGCCUCGACUAUCAGUAGACCCUUCAGCAUUAAGAUGGACACCACCUAAUAAGCAAGGGCACUCUGCAAAAGCUAAGAAAUAGUAUAGGCUUACAGGCAGGGCUUAGAGAAUGUUUAAUACACCAUUCACCAAAGGAUUUUCUCUAAGUGAAAGCCUGCUGCUAACUUUUGUCUUCAUGUGAUCAGACCUAUGUUUUUUAUGAGUAUAUAUAUUAAGUGUAACAGUAGAUUAAACAGUGGCAUUUGUUGUUAAUGUUAUAAUUGAUCUUAUCAUAUUGUUAGAUUCCACAGUAAACAAAAUGGUUUUCCAGUUGAAUAGUAUUACUUAUAAAUUAAAUUUUAUGUAAAAUUGAUGUUAAAUAAUUAAUUAAAUCACAGACAUAGUCACUAUCCAUUAUAAUAAAACUAAAAAAAUAAUAAUACUGAAAUAAAAAUUAAUUUAUAUUAAAUCACACAAAUAUUUCAAUGUAGUUUUAUGAUUAUCAAAAAAAAAAAUUUCUUUACGACUUUUAUCAUAGAAUAUUUUUUAAUAAUUAACUACACAAAAUUGUAUACUUCAUUAUGAGUUGACUUGCUAGUAAAGAAUAAUUGUCGUAAAAAAAUUCUAAAAAAAUACAAGUUUAUAUUUAAUGUUUGCUACCUUUCUAAUUAUUUCUUUUUGAAUAUAGUUUAGAUUUUUUUGAAGUAAUGAACAUGUUAUCAUUGUCAUUAUUAUAUUAAUCAUCUUUAAGAAAAUCUGUGUACAUUUUGAGAUCUGGUAUAUAGUCAUUCAGUUCCUUUGUCUAAUUUUGAAAGUGAUAUUAUUUUUAAGUUUGAAUUAGGUUUCUUAUUUAGUGUUCUUAGUUUCGUAUGUUUUAUGUAAAAUAAAUGUAAUCUUAAGUUUCAAUUGUAUAUACUUAUUUUGUAAGUUUAAUUGAUAAAAAAAAAUGUGUAUGAUCUUUUUGUUUUAAGCGCAAGACUAAAGUAUUAAUAUACUGACAUUUGUAUCGUUUGUGAACAAAUUUAUAUUUGAUUUCACAAGUAAGAGAUAUUUUUAAUAUAACAUUAAAAAAAAAGAUGAUCAUAGAAAUGUAAUUUAUAAUUGUAGUUCAAGUUGUUUUUGUACAUUAUUUUGGUAAAUUCUUUUUCAGUAUUGCUAAUAGCUAUUUAGAUUAUUUACUGAAUUGGUUUCUAAAUGAUAAGAACAAAAAUCUGUCCUGUCUAUAAUUAUCAACUAAUUUAGCAGUUAAAUCAUUAUAGGAUAGCUUAAUUACAUUUAUGUGAUUAUUUUGUAAAUGAUCAUCUUAUUAACAAUUUGACCUUUGUCAGAUUGAGAAACGAAAGAUCUUCCCAUUGUAAUAUAAGAUUCUGUGAAUCAUCCCGUUUUCACUAUUUAUUUGUGAUAAUCCAUUAGUUUUAAGAGAAAAAUGUCAUUCAAAAAUAAAUCUGGAACAGAA